AUGUUACCCAUCCCAACUCGACGCUUGGGACCGACACUCUUGCCCAUGUCCCCUUCACCUCUCAUGCCCGCGUUAUCCCUCAGUCCUCCUGACGGUCCCAGAAACUCGAGCUCGAGCACGAUCGGCGGCGGUUUGCUUUUUGAAUCUGACUCGGUUCGGCGCCGAUGGAAUUCAUCCCUCGAAGAAAGGGGAAGCGCAGUAGCGGAUUCGGUACCGAGCUUGGAUCCACGCUUGGAACGAGCCGUUUCUCCCUUGACGUUGCAUACCCCUGAAUCACCGCCUUGCCUCGGCCAAGCUCGCGCGCUUCAUGAGUCCCCGCGCGAAGAUUCGGCCCGCGAACUGUCGGCUGGUGCAAGUUCAAGCGACGAGUCGGUAUCGGUCACUGCUACAGCCGGAUCACCGACUCUAGGCUUCCUCACUCUGGACACUGACAAAUCUGACCUCCACAAGUCAUCGGCCGAUCCAAAGGCCGUCGGUCCUUCGGCACACGAUCCCGCUUCCACGCCCGACACCGAGCCGAGCUGCUGGCGAGCGCCGUGUUCUGCCCCACUCGAGCGGCGCUCGCAGUGGUGUUGCAUUGUGCCCCCACCCCCACCGCUCGCUCGAGCCGACUCGUACCCGCCUUUCGUGCCAUCGUCGUUCCUUGCUACAGGUUCCUCACCUCUACCUCCCCCGACGUCGGUCAAACACUUUUUCGAACCGUCGUUACCCGUGGCACCUCCCCCACUUGAGCCGACGUUACUUUCGAACCCGCUGUCCUCGUCGACGUCACUUCCUCAACCACCCGCGAUCUCGCCUUACCACCAAGAGUCACAGAGCAACAUGACGGAACAAUCCUCAACAACACCCCAAAAGAUCGUCGUCUCCCUCCCAUCUUCAACUGCAUCACGCGGUGCAUCGUCGGCCAGUCGUGGUCAAGGUGAUUCAGCAUCGUCGACAAAGGGAUCCGAAGCGAGCCAACGCGAUGGACAAUCACAACAUCGUACACCACCCUUGUUCAGUAUCCGAGACUCAACUUCUAGUACAAGAGGAAGGAUUGCACGACAAGGUCCUAUAACGCGAUCGGCAUCGGGGUCGACGCCCUCGACGCUCGUCACUGCUGCCAUUGCUGCGAAGGACUCGGUUGCUACCUCACCUUCGACCGCACCGAUCUCGUCGGCUGGUAUCUACGCUUCUCGUUGGGCGACGGAUGAUACGGAGCCAGCAUCAACACAAUCACCUGCUACGCCUUCGAGGGCCUCGACGAGAGGAGGUCGGCGACGUGGUCGAGGCGGGAGGGGGAGAGGAGGCUCGAUCACAUCGAGGACAUCAACUGGGACACCCCCAAGAUCUGGAACUCUCACACCAAAAGAGGAGAAUCAACUGCGCGUUUCACAAUCCGAGGCAGAUCAACUGGCAAAGAACGAGACUCCCGCUGACGAAGUCACGACUUUGACCGGAUCGAAAUCGAGCCCACAAACGGACCGUCAUGCCUCAUCCAGGAACGUAGAUGAAACAAGUACUAUGUCUAUAACCUCAACCGAUGAAGCUUCUCUCUCACUAUCCAAGCUAUCAAUCGCGGAGAACAAGGAUGAUGUCAAGACGAGUACCAGCAUUAAAGAACCCCUCGCCAAAAGCUCUCCAGCACCUCGACGAGUCUACCCCACACGUGAUCGAGUGUCGACAGGCGGUUUGGCCAAACCACGUAUGACGACUGAGGAGCUGGAGGCCAAGAUGGCGCGUAUGCGUAUCGAGAAUGAGAAGACGCAGGCGCAGCAUGAUAAGCUCGAGGCAGAGAGGGCCGAGGCGGAGGAGCAGAAGAAAGCGGCGAAGGCGGCGAGGGAGGAACAACGGAAGGCUGAAGUGGCGAAGCAGGAGCGGAGCAAGAAGGUGAGCUAUCACGACGAAAAGGUUGAGAGUGUAUUGUGAAUCUACCACGACCGAAACUGAUUUAUGGGCUUGCACACGAUCACAGCUGCAAUCCGACAUUGACGCGACCCGAGCUCGUUCAGCAGCGAUGAAGAUGGCCGCGAUUCAAGGACGAGCCUGGGACCAAGAAAAACUUAACCGAGACGAUAACGACAUAUCUGCAGCACCGAGCUAUCCGUCCGAGGAGUUGGGGCCUUUGGUCAGGGAUCAUCUGGGAAGGAUGAUCACUGCGCCGACGGGUGCGGUCAUUCAUCAUAUCGGGGUCAAGGAUGACAAUGCGGUUUGGGAUCGGGUCGAACAUUAUGAAGAUGACUCGGAAGAGGAUGAGGAAGAAGCGAGGGCGGUUGCUGAGCAACUCACGGGGAACAAGUCGACCGCACAGGACUAG